AGAGGGAGUGUGAGGUUUUAGACAAGGCUGCUGGAGUAGAGAGCAGGGUGUGAGGUGGUUGGAGCGGAGAUCAGGGCGUCAGUGCUGUGUGCUUGGCGGAAGGCAGUCUCAGGCUGUGACAGAGCGCUCUCUAUAUGCCUGUCCUGAGGCUGGGGAGUGUGGCCGUGCGGGGGGCGGGAUGGCUCGCAGCCACCUGGCCCUGCUCUCCCAGGACAUCACCAGGCUGUGGCAGGAGCUCAUGAUAACCACAGAUGAGAUCAUGCAGAAGGAGAGUAGCCCCCUCUCUGCUGCAGACAUCACUCCUGACCUGAAGAAGCAGUUUGCCUACCUGUCAGGUGGCCGAGCGGAGAAUGGCAGUCCCAUCAUCAUUUUCCCAGAAUUCCCAGGGUUCAGUGAGCUGCAGGACGAGGAGUUCCACAACGUACUGACGUACCUGACAAGCGUUCCCAGCCUCGCAGCUACGGGGGUCGGAUUCAUCCUGGUCAUCGACCGGCGGCAGGACAAAUGGGCAUCGGUGAAGGGGACGCUGCUACGCAUCGCGGGCUCAUUCCCAGCAAACCUGCAGCUGGUUCUGGUGCUGCGACCCACCGCCCUGCUACAGCGCGCACUCUCGGACUUCCUGUUCAAGUUCAGCAAGGAUGAGUUCAAGAUGAAGGUGCCGGUGAUCAUGCUCAGCUCUGUGACGGAGCUCCACAGCUACAUUGACGGAACUCAGCUGACCCAGGAGGUGGGCGGGACCCAGGAGUACUGCCACGAGAAGUGGAUCUCACACCGCACGGCAAUCGAGGGCUUUGCUCUCAUGGUGAAGAAGACGGCCCAGACGCUGCAGUCCUUCGGGACUGAGCUGGCCGAGACGGAGCUCCCCAAUGACGUUCAGGCCACCACCACACUGUUGGGAGCCCACAUGGAGAAGAAGGCGGGGAUGAAGGAGGAUCUGAGGAUAGCGCUGAACCAGGGUAACCGCCUCCUGGAGGGCAUCAAUGAGCCGCUGGAGCAGGACCCGGAGUACAACAUGAACCAGGAUGAACUGGAGAACCUGGCCACUGUGCAGAGGCUGUUGUCCCAGCUGGAUGAGACAGAGACGGCCUUCGAUGGGUUCUGGGAACGGCACCAGACCAAGCUAGAGCAGUGCCUGCAGCUGCGUCACUUUGAACACAGCUACCGAGAGGUCAGGACUCAGCUGGACCUGUGGGCGGAUCGUCUGUCAGUCUUCUCUGAGGUGGCGAUUAGUCCCGCCCACGUGGAGCACAUCCUGAGGGAUCUGACCUGCCAUGAGGAAAGAGCCCAUGAUGUUCUGGCCCGGGCCCAUGCUCUGGCGUGUGAGGGAGACCAGCUCAUCGAGACAUCGCAUUAUGCGGUGGACUCCAUUCGGCCCAAAUGCAGUGAGCUGCGGGCGGUGAGUGCGGACACGGCGGCCCGAAUCAAUGCCAAAAAGACCCACCUGCUGAAGGCCCUGGAGCUGCACCAGCGUCUGGAGAAGACUGCCAGAUGGUGUGAAGAUGGUAUCUACUUGUUGGCCUCGCAGUCCGUGGACAAGUGUCAGUCUCAGGAUGGGGCAGAGUCCGCCUUACAGGAGAUUGAGCUUUACUUGGAGACCGGGGGGCAGCACAGCAAGCUGGCGGACCUGGACGCUAUCUGGAGAGACUAUGAGUCUGUGCUCAGCACAGAGUUCAGGGAGCAUGUGGAGAAGGUGUUCCAGAAGCAAUUGUCCAUGCAGGAGAUGUUUGAGAAGCGCAGAAUCAGUCUGAAGAAGCUGGCAGCCAAGCAGACGCGGCCAGUGCAGCCAGUGGCCCCUCGGCCUGAGGCCUACAGCAAGUCCCCUCUGUCUUCUCCAGCCCACCGUAUAUCAGAGAGAUCCCACAGUGAGGGAGAUGCAGCCAACGAGGUGAGCUGUAGAAAGGUGGACCCGCAGCUGCAGAGUGCUACCAGACACGCCUCUCUGUCUGAGGAGGAUGAGAACCUGGCUGUCCUGAGGCGACACGUGAUGAACGAACUCCUGGAGACAGAAAGGGCAUAUGUAGAGGAGCUGCUCUGUGUUCUGCAGGGCUAUGCUGACGAGAUGGACAACCCAGCUAUGACACACCUCAUUCCCAGCGCCCUGCAGAACAAAAAGGAUGUCCUUUUUGGGAACAUGCCUGAAAUCUACCACUUCCAUAACAGCAUCUUCCUCAGAGAGCUGGAAACUUACACUGACAACCCUGAGCUGGUGGGCCGCUGCUUCUUAGAGAGGAUGACUGAUCUGCAGAUUUAUGAGAAAUACUGUCAGAACAAGCCGCGCUCUGAGAGCCUCUGGCGACAGUGCUCAGACUGCGCCUUCUUCCAGGAGUGCCAGAAGAAGCUGGAGCACAAGCUGGGCUUGGACUCAUACCUGCUGAAGCCAGUGCAGAGGAUAACCAAGUACCAGCUCCUGCUGAAGGAGCUGCUGAAGUACAGUAGGGGCUGUGAGGGUGCGGAGGACCUGCAGGAGGCGCUGUCCUCCAUUCUGGGAAUCCUGAAGGCUGUCAAUGACUCCAUGCACCUCAUCGCCAUCACGGGAUUUGAGGGUAAUCUGAGCGACCUGGGCAGGCUGCUGAUGCAGGGCUCGUUCAGCGUGUGGACAGAGCACAAGAAGGGUCACGCCAAGGUGAAGGACCUGGCGCGCUUCAAGCCCAUGCAGCGGCACCUGUUCCUGCACGAGAAGGCGCUGCUCUUCUGCAAGCGGCGUGAGGAGAACGGCGAGGGCUACGAGAAGGCCCCCUCCUACAGCUUCAAGCACUCACUCAGCAUGAGUGCAGUCGGAAUCACAGAGAGUGCAAAGGGUGACAACAAGAAGUUUGAGAUCUGGUGCAACUCCAGAGAGGAAGUAUAUAUCGUGCAGGCCUCCACACCUGAAAUCAAAACGGCCUGGGUGAAUGAGAUCCGCAAGGUGCUGACGGGACAGCUCCAGGCCUACAGGGAAGCCAGCCAGCAGAGGGUGUCAGAGCAAGCCAGCCCUGCAACUGUCAGCCUCAGCCCUUUCAAAGGCGGUCAGAAGAGCUCUGGGAAAGGAGAGGAGAAGAGACGCGAGCCUGGCAGCCCCGAGCCCAGCUCCUCCUCCUCCCCCAAGACCGCAGACAAGGCCAAAGAUGAGACAGUGACCAGCCCCACCACAGAGAGGGCGGCUGCGGCUAAAAAACGCUUUACCUUACAGGGGUUCAGCAACCUCAAGAGCCAGAAAGGAUCUCCCACUAGCCCUGACCACAAACCCAAAAGGCAUGAGAUUAAGAGUGACCCGACUCCUUUCGGUUUUAGAGACACAGGUCCACACAUCACUCUCAGCAGGGCCAAGUGGGUCAGUGCCUCUAGUCUGUUGCAGGCAAAGAGGAGAGGUUGGGCGAAGGCCACCCUGUCGAUGGACGUCUCAGAGGAGAAUGACGGAUACUCCAGUUCAGAAGACCCCCUGAACUCUGACCCUGAGGAUGAGGCAGGAAAGAGACUGGCUCCAGGGAAGUACACAGUGGUGGCAGACUGUGAACAGGGAGAGGUUCAGGACCUGUCCCUGAAGAGCGGAGACAUGGUGCAGCUGAUGAAGGAGGGAGCUGAUGGACAGUGGUUGGUACGAAACUUGAAGACCAACAAAGAGGGUUGGGUAUCAGCUGCUAGCCUGCUCACUCUGAUUGGACAGUCCAAGUCUUCCCAAUCUCUCACAAGCUCAGAAGGCAGCGGCUCAGGCAAUCUGAGCACCUCCUCCAGCUGCAGUGAGACCUACACCAGCUUCUCCGACAUCAAGCCCUGAAAGCUCCGGCCACCUGUGACCCACAGCGCCACCUUGUGGCUGCUCCUGGCAGAUGCCCGUGCUUCUCUGUCUCGGCCAUCCCUCUGUGAAUGAAGGACCUUGGUCGGAGGGAGUGGCACGCCUUCCUGUGAACAUUAGCAUGUUUAUUUUCUACUCUUAUGGGGGGAAAUGGUGUGGCACUGCAUGCUGGUGCCAGGCUCUGGGCCCUUCCUGGAGUUAUGAGACAAGAGAGCUGAGGCGCCACAGACCAAACAGAGCCAGCUCUGUAAACCUAGCACCCAGGCCAUUCCCUGGCAAAGGCACAGAAACUGGGACCCAAAUACUGGCUUACCACUUCAACACGCCAUAACACACCCUUUUGUCCUCUGAGUAUUUACUGUUGUCAGUAGUGUGGGUGUGUUUUAUACUCCCAUUGAGUCUCCUGGAAUGACUCAAUUAAUUUCCUGUCGGGUGUUUUAAAAAAGCUGUAUUUCCAAUUAAAACAUGUAAAUAUGAAGAGAUGUUUACCUGCAUACAGAUGUUCUGUGGGGUGCCCUGCACAGCAGGAGACCUCUCCCUGUGCAGGACAUGAGGUUUGAGGGGCUCGCUCUGAGCCGGAGGGCUGGGCUCCCUCACUGUGCUGUUCCGCUAAUGGGCUCCCCCUCUCUAUCAGCGCAAUAGCCUUUUACACACUGUCCUGCUGUGGGGGGUGACUGGCAGCCAUGCCAACCAGCCAGAUCUUUUGUGGGGAGCAACAACAUGUUUCAUUAAAUGACAAUUCCUGUGUUGAGUACUGUGAUUGUUUCAGAGCUAGCUGAGUCACACCGACUCUUUCUGCUUACUGUGACCUUUACUGCUGAGAUACACAGGUCUCCUUCAGCAACUGAGAAACCACAUAGAUUAAUUUAUUUCUUGUAAAAGAAUAUUUGUAAAGAUCUUACCUAUUACCUCAAAUUGUUUCAAUAAAUACAAUUUAGCAUAUAAGGUGAUUCCAGGUAUUCAUGGGUUAUUGUCUUGAAUGGCUUGUAGUGGCUCUACCUGGAUGUAAAACUUAAUUUCAUUUCUCAGUUUGCGCUGUGUGUUGGUGUUAAGCUCGGAGAAAACUAUAUUUAACUUUAUUUCCCCUGAUUGCCCCUCCUACUGCAAUCAGGACUUCAUCAGAAAUGGCAGGGCUGUUUGUAUAAUAGACUUACUACUCGCAGCUAGACUGUGUGAACAUAAAAAUAGCACAUUAUUCCACACCUCACACUUAACGUAAAAUAACACUUCUCCCUUCAGAAAAAAAUCAUGCAAUUGAUGAAAGCCGUGUUUUGACUCACCACACCAGUACAGAUACAUGUUCAUAAAGGCAAACGUCCAAAUGUUAUUAUAUUUGUGUACAUUGAUGAGAGAAUGUAAAUACAGUGUACAGUGUCUAUCUGUGAUACAUCUUGGAAUUCCAUUCUUGUGUAAAUGGCAGGUGUAUUGUUCCCAGGUCAGUAGUGAAUAAUAAAACGCUAUGAUUGUCAGCUAACCUUCUGAUGAACGUUGCUGACCUGAGUCUCACUGCAGUGGAGGAAACUGUCUAAUGCAGCAUUCAGUAUACUGAAUCAUUUUUUAAAUGAAAGUUUUUGCUGUGAAGAAGUAUUAUAUAAAAUAUUGUACUUUUUCAUUUGGAUUUGCACUCCAUUUUAAUAUGAUUCUAAUGUUUUUGUUUAUUGCACUUUAUGCAGCAUAUUGCCGCA